AUGCAUUUUGUAUGGUCGUCAACGAUACAGGUUCUAUUAGCUAUCGUCAUGGGUUUGACGUUGCUGUCUGAUGGUGUCGUUGCUAAGGGUUACGAAGAACUUGGAAAGCGACACCAAGGUGACAUAGUACUGUCGGAUUUCCAGUACGAUGCGGUCGCUGACGGUGGUGCGCUGAUCGUGCAGGAUGCCUCGAAAUGGACGAAAGGAAUCGUCCCGUACGAGUUCUCGCCCAGCUUCACUGAGCCCGAACAAGGUCAAAUCGUAGAGAUAAUGAAUCGAAUUUCGUCGUACAGCUGUGUGCGGUUUGUUCCACGAACCUCCAAGGAUAAACAGUUUCUUAAUAUUACUGCCAUCGCCGACGGAUGCUGGACAACGCUCGGUAUGAAUCCGUUGUCAAAUCAGCUAAACCUCCACAAAGAAGGAUGUCUUCAAUCGGGUGUGAUAAUGCACCAGCUGCUGCACGUGCUCGGAUUCACGCAUCCUCAGAGCCGUCCAGAUCGUGAUUUCUACGUUCUCGUGCAGGAAGAUGCGAUCGAACCGUCAUUGAAGCAAAACCUGGACAAAUACCUGCAGGGUGGGAUUGAGGAUUUUGGCAUCCCAUACGACUACGAGAGUCUCCUGCACUGCAAGUCGGAUGCAUUUGGAUCGUCGACUUCCGACCGAGCCACCGUAGUUCCGAUGGACGACGUCGAGAUCGGUCAACGGGACCAACUGAGCUUGAAGGAUGUGCGCAAGCUGAAUAAGAUGUAUGACUACGAGUUUUGCGGACACUGUGUUCGUGGGAACUGCAAUAGCCCAUCAACGUAG